AAAAGCUUUAUAAUUAACAUAACACAAUUUCAAAUUUUUCAAGAAACGAAUGAUUUUAAAAUGUUGUUUAAAUGGAUUGAUGAUUUGUUUCGUUUUUUCAAUAUGACAACGCUUGCGUUGCUCUUGUGACCUUGGUCAGACGAGAUCAAGAAGGCAACAGGUUAUAAAGUGUUAGUGACUUAGUACACGAAUAAAUGUAAUCUAAUAAGGAAAAUCGUUUGGAUACUAUAUUUUUGUGAUUUAAAAGAAACAAAUGAACUAUAUAUUAUAAAGAUUUUGGAAUAGUGAAUAUGAAACAGGAAUUAUGAAUAUAAAACAGGGACUAUUUUACAUUUUCAUAACACUUUUACUAAAUGUAAAUGGAGAUGAUGAUUCAGGAUGGACCUUCAUCGGUAAUCCGUUGCUAUUAGUUCGUCCAUGCAAUGGUUCAACGGAUAUAUCAGCUUCCUUUGAACCAGGGCUCGCUCCAGAAGAGGAAAAUACUUACACUGUCUUUAUAAGUAAAAAAUUUCCGACGAGCUCGGUAAUAGUAUUGAAAUUUGACGCAGAUGCGAGCAUUACAUUGAAAGAUCGAAGUUUUGCAAGAAUAAGGGCAAAUAAAGAUGAAAGCAAUACUUUUGAUAUCAAUUUUUUUAAGGGAAGUAAAAGUAUUAGUUUCAUUGUCAGAGGUCUAACACCUGGAACAGUUCCAUACUUUAAAAGCGUCAAAAUUAAUUCGAAGGAAUACUGCAAAGAACCACUUGGAGGAUUUUUAGAUCAGUAUAUAACUGGAUACAAAGAUCACGCUGAAAGUGCAAGUAGAGAACCAGUGACGAAUUGCGGACGACGUAAAGUAGACCAUACGGAACUGAUAGUCAAUGCUGCACCGACAAAACCUGGCGAUUGGCCCUGGCAUGUUGCUUUGUAUAAACUAGACCGUUCGUCUAUAAAAUACAUCUGUGGUGGAACCCUAAUCUCUGAACACUUUGUAUUAACAGCUGCACAUUGUGCAUCUUCGAGAGGCGUAAAGCUAUUACCAGAAGUAUUGAGCGUCGUCCUUGGAAAAUUCAAUUUAAUAGGUGGCGAUGUUGGAACUCAAGAAAGAGAAGUCCAUCAAAUAAUCCUACACGACAAGUUUGAACAUAGAUAUCUAGACCACGACAUCGCUUUGGUCAAAUUGAAAACGGAAGCUGUUUUUACGGAUGUAAAACCAGCCUGUUUAUGGUACGACAAAGCUGAAGAGAAAUUACCAACAAACGAAGUUUUAGGAACGAUCGUGGGAUGGGGAUUUGACAUAAGUGAUUCUUUAUCACAUCAGAUUAAUCAAGCUUCGAUGCCGAUUGUAUCAGAGAAUACAUGCAUAAAGAGUCAUCCCGUUUUCUACUCAACUGUACUCAACGAAAACAAAUUCUGUGCUGGUUAUAGAAACGGAACAUCUGCAUGUAACGGUGAUAGUGGAAGCGCUUUCCAAGUAUUUAUACCAGAUAAAGAAAAAGAUACCAGUAAAACGAAUGGAGCCUGGUUCGUUCGAGGCAUCGUCUCACAAACUGUGGCAAGGAUCGACAAGGCGAUUUGUGAUCCUGAAUAUUAUGUAGUUUUUACUGACGUAGGAAAAUACAUUCAUUGGAUAAACAAACAUAUGUAAAAAAAUGCAACAUGUAAAUAUAUCACCGGUUUGUAUGUUACCUGUAUUUGCUGUAUAUUUAUAAUAUAUGGUAUGUGGAAUGGUAAUAUUGACCAUUUCUUACAUCGCCAAAGAGCCACCAACCUUGAGAUUAAGAAGUUAUUUAACCUUGUGAUUAAAAAGGGACUUGUGUCUGUCCCUAUCUGCCUACUACCAUACCCUACUACUACCACUGAGUAAACAAUGGACUCGUAAUUAAUUAGUCAAUGUAGGUUCCCUUUUUUUCUUUUUAAAGAACGCAUAAAGAGGAGUCUUAAAAUUUAAACACAAAUACCAUGUGUGUAUAUAUUUAAACGGAUGAAUUUGUUUUGAUGUACUUUUUUUAAAGGUGUCCCUAGUCAAUAAGGAGGUGCUCAAUUCAUCUAUAUAUUUUAAUAUAUCAUUUAUUCACGUAUGUAAUCUAAGGUCCCAUCUCAAUUUAAUUGGUAGCCACUGACAAUUAUUUAUUGAACGCUUACACUUCGGCUUAAAAGUCGGUAUUUAUUUAUUUUUGACAUUUUUGUUUCCUAUUGAUCAGUAAACGUACAUUCGAUUUGAAAAAAAUUAUGUUAAAAAAACGUUAAGCAGCUGGCAUACUUCUAAAGAUGUGCGACUAAAUGUCUUAUUAAAUGACAUAAGGAACCUUACUUAUAAAUGUUGUAUAGCGGUGUUUAGUUAAAACACCUUCUCUCUUUCGUCAUCAUUAGUUUGCCAUUAAAAAAAAGGAGACAGAAUGGUUUAACGUAUCCUAAACAACAUUUAUAUGUAAAGCCAUUUAGAACUUAAUUAAGACACAUCGUGUAUUGUGUAACAAUUGAGUAUUCACCUUACCUAUAAAACUAUUGAGAUGGUCAUCUUCGGUACGUGUCAGAAAAGGCGGGGACUGCGAGGUCGUGUCAAUUUAAUGCAUCCGCAGCUUCUGCCAUUCUUAUAAAAUUAUAUCUAUGCUAUGUUGAAUUUAUCUUUAGAAACUUUCUUUUUGUGUUUUUGUUUAUAACUGUAUGUUCCUGUAACUCUUUCGGUGUACAAUAAAGCAUAUUCUAUUCUAAUUA